UGCCAUGCAGCCCAUGCUGAUGUGUGUUAUCGCUUAUCCGUUUGAUAUCUAUAUAACCUAACAAGGCUCAUUGCUGUUUGAAAACUUUAUUAGUUAAUUUUUAGUCAACAGUGUUACAAUUUUCGGUUUGUCACCUUAAUCUUUAAUGCUUAUGUCUCAUACAUCGAACGAUAACGACUAAAAGUCCAUUCUCAGAAUCUGGUGGAAAUCUCUGGUUCAAUUGACUUAAGUAUGUAUGGCUUCCGAGAUCCAGGUCAGUUAUGAGAAAACUCCAUUGAUGGCAGCUCUGUACAUGUGGCUGAUGAAGCUGAAACCUACCAGCAAAUGAGACCUUGACGACUCAUUUCGACACCCGAACGAACCAUUGAAUAUGAUUGAUGCUUUCUUCACAAAGGAUAACUGUUUCGUCGGUUGAAAGACCUCAGCUGAUUGGGAAGGAGAAAACGUGUGGCCAGGAGAACGACCCCUUGACUGUUGUGUGGAUGGAAACGAUGACACCUGGUGCAGCAGCUUCCUGGAUUGGAUUGACGGAGUAAACCAACAAUUCCAUACGGAUGAAUACUGCCAUUCAUGCAUCGCGAUGAACCAUGACCACCCAGGUGCUCGAUGAGACGUGGGGACCUUCUUUUCUUUUUUGAGGACCUUGAAGAAAUGACACCACUCGUUUCGACAGUGGGAAGACGUAACCGAACGUAACCAUCUACGAUGAUUGAUACUUUCUACACCAAGGAUAACCAUUUUCAGUUGGCAGAUUUUUGGGAUGAUGAUGCUCUCAUGAAACCCCUGUUUGCCUUAUCACAAAGUGAAUCCCACAAUCCGGAUAAUUGGGUCGGGCUGCACGAGUUUUGGGGAAACAUUAUCCUCGAGUGGGCCACGUCAAAUCGUAAACUUAUGUUUAAUGAGGAAAAUUUAAAGAAAGCGUUUGGUCGAAAAGGAAAGAAUCCCGCUUCAUUGAAUAAGGUUCUGGAUAAAAUGGAAAAAGAUGGGAGUAUUGUCACCAAAGAUAAUUGUUGCCACCAAACAACGGUCUAUUCUUCACCAUUUGGAUGGUUUCUUAAUAGUCUUGGCAAACCAAUUGUUAUGCUAGUUUCAUUGAUUUGGAAAUCAGUCAUGAGCUACAUCUUUAAAGAGAGAGCUGUCACUCUUAAAACGUUUGUGGUUCCUAGUGUAUUGGAGAUGAAAUGUGAACGUUUUCUUCAGCUGCCAUUGAAUGAACUGAGAGACAUGCACUCUAAUAUGCACGCUUAUAACAGUGAAACACAACUGGUCCUGUUCCACCUAGAGAAGAUGGGAAAGUUGAAUGUCAAGGCGUCCUCGGAUCAACCAAUCGUCCCGGCGAUGAAGGCCAAGCCAUUGCCACAAAGUAAUACCGAAUUGAGCAUAUCUCCGGCUGAACAAAAAGAAAAGAAAUUUAAUAUUUCACAAAUCGAUGGCAGAUUGAUCGAUCUUAAACAAACUGAAAAGUUGCUGAAGGAUGAAAUUAGUAACAUGGAAAGUAAAAUCAUUUCACUUGAAGUUACUGCACGUAGACGACUGAAUGGGGCUUCUCGUGAGAGUGCGAAAAAUACAUUGUUUCGCCGCAAGCAACAACAAUUGAUAUGUGACCAGCGUAAACAAGUCCUAAUUAAGGUGUCUAAACAAAUUCAGGAUAUGGAGGCCUACAAAAUUCACCUUUCUUCAUUAAUUAAUUUGUCUGGCGAUCCUUUGAUAAAUGAGGAAAACAUUCAAGACACCGAAUCUAAGGAGGAGUUGAAGCAACAGCGCGAACUACCGAACAUGUUAUUACAGAAUACUGUUCACGAAGAUGAAUAUGAUUCCUACUUGGAAGAAGUUGUGAAGGACUACACAAUUGACCUUUCUGUAUUCAAUACAUCUUCUAGCGAUUCUUCAAUGAAUCAGGAAAACGUCGAAGAAAGUGUGCCCGACGUGAAGACGGAGUUGAAGCAACAGCGCCAAAUCGCAAGCAUCUUAUCGCAGAAUUAUUUUCAAGAAGAUGAAUUCGAACUAGAAGAAGAGUUGAACAAAAUCUUAGCCGAAAGUGAUCCAUAGGCUACUGGGGAACAGUGAUUAAUCUUACAUUUCGUCCAGCCAUAUAAAGUUACAAGAAGAAAUUUCGUUUUUAUUUGAACUGCUUAAAUUCGAUUCAUCAUCUAAAACGCAAGAAAAUGCCUAUGCAAUAAAUCCGUACAUUGUUGUUGUUA